UUGACAAAAAUUCAUAACAAAAUGAACCAAACGAGUUUGUUACUUUGUUAGAAUAUUUCUUCAACUUUGACCAUUUGCUGACUUAAUAAUUAAGUAAUAAACAAAGCUUGAAAUAAAGAGCUACUAUCUUAAUAUGCGCUAAUUAUAAACAAGAGUUAUUCCACUAAAAUGCUGCCCGGUAUCGGUGUCUUUGGGACUGGAUCUGUAGCUAAAGUUUUAGUGCCGUUCUUGAGGGAAAAAGGAUUCCCAGUGGAGGCAAUAUGGGGUGUGACUUUACAGGAAGCCGAAAACACUGCAAAGGAGCUGAAAAUACCGUUCUUUACUAACAAAAUAGACGAUGUUUUGUUGAAGAAAAAUGUGAACCUCGUAUUCAUUGUGUGUGCGCCUAAUUUACACGCCCAAAUAUCCGUAAAAGCUCUCGGUAUCGGCAAACAUGUCGUGUGCGACAAGCCUGCGGGCCUGUGCCAAGCGGAGGCUUUGAAAAUGGUGCGAGCCGCUCAGUACUAUCCAACCCUUAUAUCUAUAAUAAAUCAUUCUCUCAGGUUCCUGCCUGCGUUUAGCCAUAUGCGAAAAUGUAUUCUCGAUGGUUACCUGGGUAACCCGAGCGAGUUGACGUUAAUUGAUGUGCGAGUCCAAAUGGGAUCUUUACUAGGCGAAACUUUUAACUGGCUCUGUGAUGACACUAUGGGUGGUGGCACGCUUACAUUAGUCGGCAGUCAUGUCAUAGACUUGGUUUCGUAUCUUAGCGGCCAGAAAGUUAUGAAGGUGCACGGUGUCUUGAGAACAUUUGUAGAGGAAACUGCUAAAGUUAAUGGCAUCAGGAAAAUUACUGCACCGGACUUCUGUACAUUCCAAUUACAAAUGGACAAAGGUUUGCUAGUGACAGCUACUUUAAACAACCAUCUACCGGGGCCCUGUUUUAAUCAAGAAAUUUAUGUAUGUAGUAAAAAUGGCUAUCUAGUUGUUAGAGGAGGAGACUUGCAUGGCAGACUACACAAGUCAAACCCUAAAAGUAUAAUAGAAGAAGAGGGUAAAAGGUCCCAUGACAAAGAGGAAGUAAUCUAUGUAGAUAUUGAGGAUUUGAGCUGUGCAUCAAGUGUGAUCCCCAAGCCAUAUAUUAAAGGACUCUGCAAGAUGAUAAGUGCAUUAAAAGAAGCCUUUUUACCUGUUAAGGAACAAAUGGACUGGAUAAAAGAGCCAGUAAAAGCCGCAGCUACAUUUGAAGACGGGCAGCGGGUCCAGGCAACAAUGGAAGCACUGCGGCAGUCCAAUGAAGAUGGCUGUUGGAAGACGGUCCAGCUUUUAACAGAACCACCAGAUCCAAAUCCAGCUUUGUCGGCUGCAGUGAGACGUACAGCCAUAUCCUUGCAGUAAUCUUAUAAUAUGCUGAUUCACAUACAAGUAUAGUAAGCUCCGUGAGUACAUAUUUUACUGUUGGAAAUGCCUGCAAGAUACGUAAUUCAUAGGCUGGGCAUGGCUCAUUUUAAAGUCAGAGGAAAGGAAAGAUCUCAAGAGGAAAUCUAUAGAGCACUAGGACUUUGCUCAGCCUUUACUUGGGUCCAAUUACAUGACAGGCUGUUAAAAUUAUAUUACAGUUAUCGUUAAAAUUAGACCAUAAUAAAAGCUGAUAUUUGGGUCUAGAGGGUCAAGGAGCCUGGAGGUAUGAAUACUGAAUUGUGCAAACCAGUUUAGAUUUUUAACAGUAACCAUAAUUUAACUUUAACUGUUUGUCAUGCAACUGAACUUAAGUUGAAAUGAGACAAAUUGCAAGAGAUAUUUUUGUCUUGAUUUAUUUAAAACUGAGCAAAGUAUUCUGUAUAGAUCUAAAUAUUAUUUGUUGUGAGUGACCUCACACUAUAAUGUGCAAUUAGCAUAAAUGUAUUGAUAUGCCAUCAUCAUGUACCUUUAUAUUUUAGCUUAUUUAUACAAAGUAUUAUAUUCAGCACAUAUUGCUAAAAAUAUGUUUGUAAUUAAUUUUAAGUAAUAGAAAAUAUUCCACUGAUUGUGUUGAGAUGAGGUAUAGUGAUUGCAAAGCAGUCAGUCCUAUCUGAAGAUCAUAGGCUAAAAAUUAGAUAAAUUGCAAUCUUUCACUUUGCCGUUUUUGACUAAUAAAUCUUGUAUCUCAAGCAAGAUUCAUUCACCCUGCCUCUCUCAGGGUGAGGUGUGGUCAAAGCGAAAUGGUGACACACACAGAUAAUGUUAUUUUCGUCACCUGUGAAAACAACUCACUAUUUUAGGCUCCACCCACUAACGAGCUAUUGCUUUGAUAAACAGGGCUCUUAACAGGACUCUCUCCAUCACUUACUCCAUACAAUCGUAGCUCCAAUUUCAUUUGAAUAUUAAGCAACCAAAGU